CAGAGUUACUGUUUAUACUUCUUAUACACGUGCAUUCACAUGGGCUUUUCACCUACAUGCACACAUUCGAACAGUGUGGUCUGUGCUCAAUUUCUGGAGGAUUUUUACGUAAUACUGUAGUUCUGCAACCAGCAAGAUUUGCUUUUAUUUAAGUUGUGAAGGAAGAUGUAUCACUCAACGCUUCUCACAAUUUUGUUCCUGUUGUCUGUUCCAUGUGGGGUCUAUUCUGGUAACAUUUUGGUAUUUCCAGUUGAUGGAAGCCACUGGAUUAAUAUGAAAGUUCUCAUUACAGAACUACACUCAAAAGGCCACAACAUCACAGUGAUUCGCAGUUCAAGCAAUCUGUACAUUAAAGAAGAGUCACCCUACUACAAAUGCAUCACUGUAGAUGUUGGUCCAUUUGAUGAUGACUUUUUUGCCAACUUUGUGGCUGUUUCACUACAAGUCCGACAACACCAAAAAUCCUCCUGGGGUAAAAUCAUGUUUGGAAUGGAAGUCUUGAAAAAGUUCUCUGAGAUUCAUGAGAAAAUUUGCAACAUGACUUCCAAGAUAUUUGACAAUGAGACCAUGAUGAAGUCUUUGCAGCAGGCUAAAUUUGAUAUGGUUUUAGCUGACCCUGCUAUGGGAGGUGGUGUGUUACUAGCACAUAAACUUGGCCUCCCUCUGGUGUUCAAUGUUCGCUGGACGAUGCUUGGAGAGGGCCAUUUUGCCAUUGCUCCCUCUCCUCUGUCUUAUGUACCUGUUCCUGGAGCAGAGCUAACAGACAAAAUGACUUUUACUCAAAGAGUCAUAAAUGUGUUGACUUACUUCUUCACUUACUAUCAACAAAUUAAGCAUUCUGUUCAACCUUACCAGGCUUUUUGUCAGAAAUACUUUGGACCUGAUGUGGAUUAUUUUUCCCUUCUUCAGAAUGCAGAUAUUUGGCUCAUGAGAAAUGACUUUACUUUUGAAUUUCCACGACCCACAAUGCCAAAUGUGGUCUAUAUGGGUGGCUUCCAGUGCAAGCCCUCCAAGCCACUUCCUGAUGAUCUAGAAAAGUUUGUCCAGAGUUCAGGGAAACAUGGGGUCAUCAUAAUGUCUUUGGGAUCUCUUUUUGGAUAUCUUGAAAUGGACAUUGCAGAUGAGAUAGCAGCUGCCUUUGCCCAACUGCCUCAAAAAGUCAUUUGGAGACACACUGGACCUCGGCCUUCUACCCUUGGCAAUAACACAUUACUAGUGAGCUGGAUGCCACAGAAUGACCUACUUGGACACACCAAGACUCAGGUCUUUGUAGCCCAUGGAGGAACCAAUGGUGUUCAGGAGGCUAUCUAUCAUGGCGUACCCAUUUUAGGCCUGCCUAUAGCAUUCGAUCAACCUGAUAACCUGUCAAGGAUGAGAGAAAAGGGAACAGCUCGAGUCCUGGAUAUUUCUGAGUUGGACAGAUCGGUAUUUUUAGAGGCAUUAAAGGAGAUGCUGUAUAAUCCAUCUUACAGAGAGAAGAUGCAGAAGUUGUCUCGACUGCAUCAUGACCAGCCCAUAAAACCUCUUGACCGUGCGGUCUUCUGGAUUGAAUAUGUCAUAAGGAAUGGCGGUGCUCCUCACUUACGCACACAGUCAUUCAGGAUGUCCUGGAUUACCUAUCACUCUGUGGAUGUAAUGCUCACAUUGCUGGGAGCUCUGCUGAUUAGUGGCUGGCUAACAUUUUUGUUGCUGAGAUGUCUUUGUUUUAAAGUAAUCUUUAAUAAGAAAAUCAAACCUGAAUGAUAUAUUUGCUCAUUCGUAGACAGCAGGUGAAAGGUUUAAUUAUGUACACAUGUAUGGGUUAAAUUUAGCAUGAACUAUGUAAAUUUUCACCUCUUUAUCAAUCUUGAUUAUUAAACAAAUUUGUAAACAUUGUUGUUCUCAUGCUUCAUAUAUUGUUAAAGCUAUACAACCUCUAAUGUUAUAAAGCAGAAAAUUUA